UAAUAAUCAAACAACAACAACUAGAUCAACAAUUUUAAAUGUCGCCGAAUUUAUUGAUGUGAAAAAAAUGUCAAGGUUAACGAGUAUUGUGAAUAAUUGGAAACAAUCCUUCAACAAUCAUCAUCAUCAACAUCAUUGGAUAAAAUCCAAAUCAAACUCAUCAUCAUCAUCAUCAUCAUCAUCAUCAGUUUGUUCGAAAUCAAUUUCGGACAAUCAUCAUUUUAAAUAUUCAUCAAUGAUAUCAACUAUAUUGACAUUCUCACCAUCAUCAAUAUCAUCUAUUUUUUUAUUAUUAUUAUUUGCUCUCAUUCCGUUGACAUCGACAUUGAUUCAAAAGCAACAAGUGUCACAGCCAUUAUUAACGUUACAACAACAACAGCAACAACAACAAAAUGAUACGAAUUUAAUUUUCUCUACAUUAUUAACCUCAUCACCAUUGAAUUCAAUAAUAUUAAAUAAUGAUACUGAAAAUCAAUCGAAUCGAUCAAAUGUUAUCGAUGAUAAUUCAACAACAACAACAACGACGACUAAAAUGAUUGCUGAAAACAAUGAUUCUACUAUAUCAACACAAACGGUUCGAUCGAAUCAAUCAAAAAUCGAUCUAGAAACAAGUACUUUGUCGAUUGAUAUUCAUCAUGUUGAUGAUGAUAAAGAUAGCGGGGAAAAUUCUCACAUUAAUAGCGACAACAAUCAUUCAACAUCACCAUCAUUAUCAUCCGAAGACAAUGAUGAAAUUGAUAUUGAAACAACGACAAAUGCCAAAUCUUUGAUGAUGUUUGACAAAGAAGAAAAAGAAGUAUCUACAACAAUGAUUGAUGAAACAAUGACAACGACGACGACAGAAUCAGUUCCGAUAUCAGUAUUACGUAAACGUAAACUUGAUGGUCACGGUACUAUCGAUCCAAGUAUCGAUGAUACAAUCGAUUUUAGUAAAAGAAUUAUGCGAAUUGAAAAACCAGAAUGGUUAAAAAAGAAUAAUAAUGAAAAAGAUGAUGAUUAUGAUGAUGAUGAUGAUGAUGAUGGCGAUAAUGAUAAUGAUAAUAAUGAAGAAUCAUAUGAAUCUAAUCCGAAUAGUAUUUGUACGGCUAGCUAUUUUUUCGAUCGUGUCAUACCCGAUGAUUAUCCACAUGAAAUAAGUAAAGAUGUAAAACAUAUUAAUGAAACAAUUGAACGUUUGAAUAGAAUGUAUACAUUUACGAAUAAAAUGUUGGAACGAUUGAAUCCAUUUCUACGUGAAAUGGUAUCACGUAUGUCUGAUUAUCUUUAUGAAUCACAAUUAGAUUCUGAUUGUAUGGGUGCAUUAUUUCGUGUAUUUCGUGCCAUUAAUCAACGAGAAACAUGGGCAAUGAAUUUUUUAGAUGCAUCUGGCUCUAUAUUGGUCGGUGGUUUUCAACAAGGAAUGUUUGUUUCAUUGGGUGAAUUUGAUCAAUGUUUAGAAAUUGAAUCCGAUCCAACAGAAAAUCCAAAUAUUAUUUAUGGACAAUAUUGUCUUCUAAAACCGGUUGUACCAUUACCAGAAAAUUUUAAUCAAGAUGAACCAAUAGCUGAAACACGUAUGCCACGUGUAAGAAAAUUUCUAAAUGAUGAAUAUAUCGAUACAUAUAUGGGUCUUUAUAAAUUUAUGCAACGUACAUUUUUACGUGUUGGACUUUGUUUACCACAUAAAUGUGAACGACAAAGUGUUGAAAAUGCAAUCAAUCGAAUUCUGGUACGAAAAACUGGAAUGAGCGUUCAGGUUGGACCCGAAUGUGUAAAAGCAACAGAUGAUCCACCAUUGAAUCUUUAUCAGAUAAUAUUUAUAUCAUUGUUCAUAUUAUUGCUGUUAUUGGUCAUAAUGAGCACAGCUUAUGAGAUAAUUUAUAGACAUUUAUUUGAAAAUCGGCAUACAAUUCCUCAUUCGGAAUCAGUAUUUGCUGUUCAUCAUCAUCAUCAUCCUUAUGGUCAUCAACAAUCUACAUUUGAUCAACGUACAAUUUCACAUGAAUCACGUGUAUCGAAAUUAUAUUUUGAUAAACCGGCAAUCGUACAGGUGUUAACAUCAUUUUCAAUCAUACGAAAUACUCGACAUUUAUUCGAUAAUCCAGGUCCAAAUCGUUAUCCUCAAUUGGAUACGAUGCGUCUUUUAUUGAUCAUUUUCUUUUUCAUUACAAAUGUUUAUUAUUAUACAAUGUUAUUCGCACCGAUGAUCAUCAAACGUUUCUAUGUACAGGGACCAUUUCAAUUCAUAUCGGAAAAGAAAUAUUUUUUCAUUCGUAUGUAUUAUCUUAUCGAUGUUUUCGUUGUUUUCAGUGGAAUUGCAUUGGCCAUAUCGUUUAAACCAAAAUCAUUCAUCUAUGUACAUUAUCUGAUUCGAAAUUAUAUCCGUUAUACAUUACCGAUAAUUGUAUCGAUAGGAAUGAUCUAUGUAGUUCCAUUAUUUGGCUCUGGACCAUUAUGGCAUCUGUUCGAUCAAACAAUGACACAACCAUGUAAAGAUAAUAUUUGGUCAGCAUUAUUUUUCACCAAUAAUUUUCAGAAUAAUAUUGAAGAUAUGUGCAAUUUGCCGACAGUAUUUGUUUCGAUGAUUUUUCAGCUAAAAUUAUUGGCACCAGUUAUUUUAUUAAUUAAUUCAUAUCUUAAUCCACGUAGUGGUAACAUUUUUCAUGGUUGUUUAUUGAUAAUGGCAACAAUUGGAAAUGUUAUUUAUCGAUUUUAUUUCAAUUUCAAAGUACCAUAUGAACAUCGAAAAAUGAAAUCAUUCAUGGAAAUCAAACAAUCGGUCAUGUUUUAUCUAUUUAAUCCAUUUCCACAUCUACAGCCAUUGAUCAUUGGUUUAUGGGUUGGUCAUCUUAUUAUUACACAACCAUCUAUUUCGGCUAAAAUAACGUCAGGCAAUAAUCGAAAUAGAUCGAUGCGUAAUGCAAUUACAGGAUGUUUAGCUUUAAUUGCAUUUUUUACUUGUUUUUUCUUCAUUGAAAAUAUGAAUCUAAUGAAUCCAAAUCUAACUACAUUUAGAUUGACAAUGAUGUUAACAUUAGGUCGGCCAAUGUUGGUCGGUUUACAUGCAUGGAUCAUUUAUUCCUGUAUCACUGGACAUAUCACAAUCGUCAAUCGAUUUCUAUCAUCUAUUGCAUUUCGUCCAAUUUCGAAACUAUCUUAUGGAUUCUUUUUAACAAGUAUCGUUGUUACCUGUUAUCGUUUAUUCUCAAUACGACAGACAAUCAUCCUUUCCGGACAGACUAUGUUCCGUUCAAUUGUAUCCGAUGCUGUUAUAUCAUUCUUUUUAGCCUAUUAUAUGCAUAUAAUGAUACAACAACCAAUACGUAAUCUUCUUCAAAUUGAAGUUCUUUCAAGCCGUAUAUUUCCUAUAACAAAAAGUCUUUCAUCAUUAUCAAAUACAAGUGAUCAUACUGGAACAUAUUAUAUUCGACGAUCAUCAUCAUUGACUGAUUCUAAUCAGGAUGAAUCAGAAUUUAAACAAAUAGAAAAAACAAAUGAAAAAAAUGGAAUGGAAUUUUCUUAUCAAAAUAAUGGUUUCAUCACUACUAAUAAUGAUUCUUUUCAACUAGACAAAAAAGAUAAAAAAUCUUCAAUCAUGCUUGAUCUAUCACGUACAUCAUCGAUUAUCAUAUCAGAUAUUAAUGCAAAAAAAUCAUUAGAUUUAAAUCAUAAUUCAAUUGUUGAAAAUGAAAGUUCAAAAUUUUGAUAUAUUAUGGAAAAAAAUGUUGUUUGUAU